AUGGCGGCCACCAUUCGUGAAAAACAAAUCGCCUCACUGAAGCGUAUGCUUAAUCUCAAUGUUACUCCAAGCAAAUCAAAUACUACAGAACCAGUAUGGAAAAUAUUGGUUUAUGAUCGCUUCGGGCAAGAUAUCAUAUCUCCAUUGUUGUCGGUGAGGGAGCUGAGGGAGAUGGGUAUCACUCUUCAUUUUUUUCAGAGACCUUUGUUAGUUAUGUUGGAUCGUAAUAUGGAUUUAGCCACUCCAUUACAUCAUACAUGGACAUAUCAAGCCUUAGCACAUGAUGUAUUGGAUCUGCAGUUGAACCAAGUUGUGAUUGAAGAAACUGUAGAAAGCCCAUCUCCAUCGCAAUCAGGGGCUAGGCCAAAGAAGAAAACAAAAACAUAUGAUCUUAAUCCAAAAGAUAAAUUUUGGAAUCAACAAAAAGGAAGCCCAUUUCCAACUGUAGCGGAGGCUGUACAGAGUGAACUGGAAGGUUACAGGGCAUCUGAAGAUGAAGUGAAAAGAUUAAAAAGUGCCAUGGGUUUAGAAGGGGAAGAUGACAGUGCAAUUAGCAUGAUAUCUGAUAAUACUGCUAAAAUUACAUCAGCUGUCAGCUCACUUCCAGAAUUACUGGAGAGAAAGCGAGUUAUUGAUAUGCAUACCAACAUUGCAUCUGCAGUAUUGGAUCAUAUAAAGGCUAGAAAGCUUGAUAUUUACUUUGAAAUGGAAGAGAAGCUGAUGGGAAAGUCUUCCCUGGACAAGUCAAUACUUGAUAUGAUUAAUGAUCCCGAUGCAGGAACAGCAGAAGAUAAAAUAAGAUUGUUUAUUAUAUUCUAUAUCUGUGGUCAAUCUAUGACUGAUGUUGAGUUUGAUCAGUAUGCAAGUGCAUUGGAAGGAGCGGGAUGUAAUUUAGCUCCCCUGUACUAUGUUAAGAGAUGGAAGGCUUACACCAAAAUGGCCGUUAGUACGACUCCAAAUAUGUAUGGUGGCGGCGGUACAAAAACAGUGGGCAUGUUUUCUAAGCUCAUGUCUCAAGGUUCUUCAUUCGUCAUGGAGGGUGUGAAAAACCUUGUGGUCAAACGACAUAAUUUGCCAGUUACAAAAAUAGUUGAUGCAUUAAUGGAAAUCAAGUCUAAUCAGGAGACCGAUGAUUAUAGAUACUUUGACCCCAAAAUGUUGAGAGUUACUGAUAGCUCGGCCAUUCCCAGAAACCGAACUCCAUUCCAGGAAGCACUGGUCUUUGUGGUUGGAGGUGGCAACUACAUAGAAUACCAGAAUUUAGUGGACUAUGUGAAGAAUAAGACCGGUGCGGGUACAUCAAGACACAUUACAUAUGGUUGCAGUGAAUUACUUAAUGCUGCACAGUUUCUAAGACAGUUGUCUAAUCUUGGACAAGAAUCUCAUUGAAGUUAAAAUCCAGGAUGGUCAUGUAUAUAACACAUUUUUGCAACUAAUUUUCAAGCACUAGGGUAUAUGUAAUAUGGUCAUUGCAAGGUAGCGACAUGGAAAAUACAUUGUUGUAUUUAUUGUACUGUAUGCAUUUUCAGAAACUUAGUUUGCUCAAAAUAAGCAUAUUCUAAUAGCUUUCAGAAAUUAUUUCCCUCUAUGUUGCUACUUUAACUGAAGUAAAAACAAUGUAGUGAUAGCUGAAAUAAACUGUAUUUAUUGACAUCUAAA